UAGAACUCCACUGAGUUCCUGUUACCCCAGCGCCCUGGCAGUGAUCUGUCGCCUUAUAGGUCAGGCAAGGGAGCCGGAGGCUACGUAAGAGGAUUGCUUGGCUUAGCUUUCUGCAGCAGCUUGCAUCUCGUAUCUCACAGAUAAUAAUCUGGGUCCCAAUCUUUCUCAGCUUUCACAUGAGAGCCGCAACUUGACAUCUCGACUCCAAAAUCUUGUUGCAGCUACCAGACAUCACAUCAACAACCAAAAAUAAAGCUUGCGCUCAUCGAUAAAAUAAAAUACAAAAAACCUCCGCCAUGGAUUUCAAGAACAUUGGCAAGAACAUCACCUCUCUUGGUGCAUCGUUCACGCCAUUCGCUUCGCGCACCUUUCAGUAUACCAAGGAGCAGCUUGGACAAGUUGAGGACAAGACCCAACUGCCUCCCGACUAUAUUGAUCUCGAGAAGCGGGUGGACGCGCUCAAGGCCGUCCACCAAAAGAUGCUGGCUGUCACCAACCAAUAUUCCAAUGAGGCCUAUGAUUACCCGCCCAACAUCAAAGAGACGUUCUCUGACCUCGGCCGCACCGUGAGUGAGAAGGUGUCGCUCCUCUCAUCGGCCACCAGCCCUGCCGAGGCCCAGGCCGCACUCACGGCACCCCCUACUGCGAAGCCUCAGCCCAAGACCUUCUCGCACGCCAUUGCUCGCGCCUCGCUGGCUAGCAGCCAGACGCUGCACCAGACACACGCGGAUGCAGGCGAGGACCCCCUGGCUACGGCGCUCGAGAAGUACGCCCUGGCUCAGGAGCGGGUGGGUGAGGCUCGCCUGGCCCAAGACAACCAGAUUCAGCGCACCUUCCUGGCCGGCUGGAACACGACGCUCAACACCAACCUGCUGUUUGCCACACGCGCCCGCAAGAACGUUGAGAAUUCGCGCUUGAGUCUGGACGCUGCCAAGGCUCGCGCCAAGGGUACCACCUGGAAGCUGCCCGCGACCACUUCGCCGCGCGGUGACGCUGCGGCGCAUCAUGAGGAGCCAGAGCUCAGCCCCGAGGCUCAGGAGGAGAUCGAGAAGGCGGAAGAUGAGUUUGUUACGCAGACCGAGGAGGCCGUCGGUGUGAUGAAGAAUGUCCUUGACACACCCGAGCCGCUCCGUAACCUCGCCGAGCUCGUGGCUGCACAGAUGGAGUACCACAAGAAGGCUCACGAGAUCUUGUCAGAAUUGGCUCCCCUGAUUGAGGGACUGCAGGUUGAACAGGAGGCAAGUCGUGCUUCUGCUUUCGCAAUGCACUGAUCACGUGUAUAACUGUUGACUAAUGGCCGAUCGUGCCUCAUGUACUGCCUACAUAAUUGCUGACUUGUCCCGGGAUUUGAUUUCGCUGUGUAGGCGAGCUACCGUAAGAGCCGUGAGAACGCCUCUUGAAUGUAAACCCCUCGGGUGCAUAAGACAAUAAAUACAGUUGUCAAGAGAUGGGGUGUGACGCCAUCUGGAAAGUUUUCUCUUUUAGGACUAUGAGGGUUGGUUCUUGUAGCUUGGUUUUUUCAAAGGAUCUUUUCCGCACCGAAACAGGAGCUCAUACGAACUGCAGUGGCCUAGACUUGGAGCCUGCAUUGCGUUAUUAAACGUGGUGCGGUGGUGGGACAAGGCAGCCCAUUAGCGUUUUAGUGGCAGUGUCUUGAUUUUUGUUCGCCUAGUUUGUUAUUGGAUCUAGAUAUCACAAAUGCCCGAUGCAUUAUUAACAGUAUCGGGAUAUUUCUUCAUUCCGAGAGCAAAGAUGUGUUUUUACGAACCUACC